AUGCGCCGGCGUACGCAAUAUCCGAUUUCUACCAAGCUCGAAGCAAUCGGUCUCCUCGAGUCUAUGUCCUGUCACGAGGUGGCGAGAGUACUGAAAGUCCCUCGGCGCACAGUUCGCAGCUGGCUGACCCAGCGCUCCGAGCUACUGGCGUACGACGGCAACAAGAAAAACAAUAAGCUCGAGCCAUGUGGCCGCUACGAAACCCUCCAGAUUAAAGUGAACCAAAGGGAGUGGUUGCUCAACUACCUCGCAACUAAAAAGCCGGAUGCUGCCUACAACUCACUGCUCAAGCUACUGCAGCGAUUUUGCAAGCGCCACGGCUUCUCGCGUCAACUUCGUGGCGGAAGCUCCAAGAUCUCCGCUGGUGAGAAACACUCGAUGCGUAUGACCGCAGUCCUGACUGUGCGGGCUGACGGAACGAAACUGCCGCUGAUGUUCAUCAUGCGUGGCACACCUGGUGGUCGGAUCGAGUCCUCGGAGUUCCCAACUUUUCCAAGCGAACACUACUAUGCUGUUCAAACCAAGGCCUGGAUGUGUCAGUACCUGCGGGAGGUGCUGGGGGUGCUGGGGGAGAGCAUCGAAGAGCCAUCCGUUGUUCACAUGGACAACUGCGAGUGCCACGUCUCUGCGGCAUCGUACAAGAUCAUGUACGAGGAAUUGGUCAUGGCGCCUUUCAAGCGCAACCUCCGCAACUUGUGGCUCCUCGAGGAGCACAUCAUUGGCGACGACGAAGAUCCGUACUCACUCACCGCUCAGCAAAAACGCAUGGCCAUGAUGCAGCGUACCAUCUCUGCGUGGGAUAUGGUAUCUGAAGACGUG